AAUGUUGCCAUUUCUAGUUGGUAACUGAUUUACUAGAUUUUACCGUAAGUUCGUAAAUGGUCUGUUGCUAUGGUAAUUAAAGAGAGUAAACAAAUGAAAAUUAAUCGCAAAUGAAAAUAUAUAUAAAAAAUUAAAUAACUCUCUUACUUCGCAAUAUGAACAAUAACCAUUUUUAACAAGAAAAAAAAUGACGGACGAAUUACAGAAAGCUGGACUCUACAUUGACGAUAUCUAUCGCCUGCGAGUGCAAGAUCCAGGCAUUGCUAAUGAAACUAACGAAUUGCGCGAGGAAUGUUUGGAAUAUGCUAACAAAUUGCAAGAUUUCAAGAAAUAUGCUGAAGAUUUUCACAAACUCAUAAGCGAUUUCGCUAAAGAUGUGGAAAAAGAGAAAUUGAGAGCUAUAGGCACACAAAAUCUUCUCAAAACAAUUGCCAAGGAACGACAGGCCGAGCAGCUGGUUUACCAGAGUAAAAUCCACGAGAAAAACAUUGAAUUGGAACGACUGCGUAACGAAUAUCAGUAUCUACAACGCAUCGAGUCUGAGCAGCAAGAAAUUAUCAAUAAUUUUUUAUUGAAUCAGUGA